AUGAUUAGAAGUAGAUUAAAGGCUGCACAAGAUAGACAAAAUAGUUAUGCAGAUUUGAAGAGAAGAGAUAUUGAGUAUUACGUUGGUGAUAAGGUAUCCUUAAAGAUUUCUCCUUGGAAGGGAGUUAUACUCUUUGGUAAGCGUGGGAAGUUGAGUCCUCGGUUUAUAGGACCUUAUGAGAUUAUAGAGAGGAUCGAACCAGUUGCUUAUCAUUUAGCUUUACCUCUAAAGUUAUCACAAAUUCAUGAUGUCUUUCAUGUAUCUAUGUUAAGAAGAUACAGAAGUGAUCCCUCUCAUGUUCUCCAGAAGCAACCUAUUGAGUUGAGAGAAGAUUUAACGUAUGAGGAAGAACCAGUGGAGAUUAUUGACAGAGAAGAGAAAGUCUUGAGGAACAAAGUGGUUCCAUUAGUUAAGGUUCAUUGGAGCAACCACUCUAGAAAAGAAGGUACUUGGGAAAGAGAAGAGGAUAUGCGGGCUCAGUACCCACACUUAGCCCAAGAUGCCAGCAUUGCUCUCAGGCUACCAAAGUUUAUUAUUGCGCCUGAGAUCCUAGCAUUAUCUAUAGGAAGCAUAUUGCGAGUGUAUGAGGAUGUUGCAGAUUUUAUGAUUUAA